ACGUGCACGCGGUAAAUAUAGUGCGUUAAUUUUGGGAGAGAAAGUAAGAGAUGUACUGGGACACUGUCAUCAAACCUGGAGAUAGAAACACAGACAGCAAAGACUCGAAAAUAAAGAUGGAGAUUUGCCAAACUGGAUAUUACACGGAGGACUUUAGGACGCAGGAAGUGCCAGCUGGCUUUGACUUUGCAUCUUAUGACUGCCCUGGUGAAGACCUGUCUUUUCUGUUAGACAGUAAAGCGCCCGCGCAGCAGCCGUACGUCACAGAGAGCAGCUACCCAGAGCCACCGAAAGCUUCUCAACCAUACGACAGUAAAGUAAACACCAGUGACACUAACCUCUUCAACCUGGACUCAUACCAGGAGUUCAGCUGGUGGGCCUCAUAUCCUCAUGAUGGGGUGACAGUAGACCAGUCCCAAACUGGAUACCAGGAGUCUCCACAGACAUACCAGAGCCUGGUGCCCCAGAAUGGACAGUUCAGCCCGGCCAUGGAGGGCAGCCACAGCCCCUUUCUAACCGCAAAAGGAUCAAAUGCAUUACAAAGUGAGACGGAUCAGGGUUACUCGUGUCACUCCUCUGAGCUGUACGAGACUGACGGACAGAGGCAGCCGUCGUCUUUCUGGCCUGAAUAUUCCUCUCCCAGCUUCAGUGCCCCCCUACCACACCCGCCUCAGACCUCCUGCCCCUCAAACCUCGUCCCCCAGUCCUCAGAGCCGUACUGCCCCCGUGUGGUCAAACGCAAAAACGCACACCCCCAGAGGCCAGACAGGGAGGGCCACAUGACGGGGAUGUCAGCUUAUCCAGGUUCUGGUCCGAUCCAGUUGUGGCAGUUUUUACUUGAGCUACUUCUGGACUCUGCCUGUCGUACCUUCAUCUCCUGGACGGGAGACGGCUGGGAGUUUAAGAUGUCCGACCCCACAGAGGUGGCCAAGCGCUGGGGCCAGUGCAAGAACAAACCCAAGAUGAACUACGAGAAGUUGAGCCGCGGCCUGCGUUACUACUACCACAAAAACAUCAUCCACAAGACGGCGGGCAAACGCUACGUCUACCGCUUUGUCUGUGACAUACAGGGCAUGCUGGGAAAGACAGCGCAGGAGGUCCUCACCAGUCUGAACGUUUUGCCUACAAACACAGAGUCGUGGCAGUCUUUGCCUGCGGUUCCUGCAACGACAGGGAUGUCAGAGCACAGCAGCGAAACAUGGGCGUCACAGUGAGAAACGGGUGCUGGGACUCUUGGUGCUGCUGGCAGAAAGUGACCAGCAUUUUUUAAUAAAGUACUAAAGCCCACAAAGUGAACUCUUAUCUCCUGCAGCCCCGACUGAACCACAGUGUCUUCAUGGGAGGACAUUGUCCUCGCAGGCAGACCAGGAGCCAGUUUAUAGAAGUAUGGAGACAGAUUUGUCUCAAUAUUAUGUGUGUGAGCAGAUUGAUAAUCUGUGUUAAUGUGUAAUCUGUAAAAGUAAAACACCCUCUAAAAAUACCAAAACACAGAUUUGUAAACUCAAAAAAGUAAGCAAUAUUUAUGUACGUAGCUCCUUUAACAGACGGAGGCUUUACGAGGACAAAUACAACAUACAAGAGAGAAGGUUUACAAGAUUAGGUGACUACUUGAAAGGUAGCUUGAAGUGCAAAACUAUUUUGCAUAUUACACAACAAGAAUACACAAAAUAUUAAUAAAAUGCAGACCUAGUGCAUAUCCAGUUUUAGUUGACUUUUAAUAAAUAUAAUUUUAAUCAGUUGCAGUUACUGAGAAAAAAUAUGUAAUUAAAUUAUAAUUAUUAAACAGAG